AAGGGCGGGGGCGUUUCGUAAUCGGCGGGAGAUGCAAAAACAAUGGCGCAAGUUCUAAACCUAAACCCUCUCGGCUCAUCGUAUUCGACCCGACCCGAAUCACCUGGCUUCCGCUCUCUCAACGCGGCGCGCAGUCAAAACGUUGCCCGAAACUGGAGCUCCCUCCUGCAGAAUCUCAAAUGCAACGGCAGAUUUUCUUGCCUUUUCUCGGAUAAUCGCAGAGAGGAACAAGCUAGGAAAGCAUUAGAAAGUGCACUUGGGGGAAAGAAGAGUGAAUUUGAGAAGUGGAACAAAGAAAUUAAAAGAAGAGAGGAAGCAGGUGGUGGGGAUGAUGCUGGCGGUGGAGGUUGGUUUGGAUGGGGUGGAAGGUUUGGUUGGUCCAAUGAUGACCAUUUUUGGCAAGAAGCUCAACAAACAAGUCUAGCCGUUUUGGGUAUUAUUGUCAUGUAUCUUAUAAUUGCAAAGGGCGAACUGAUGCUGGCUGUCGUCUUCAAUCCGCUGCUUUAUGCUUUGCGAGGAACAAGAAAUGGUUUAACUUAUGUAACAUCAAGAAUCCUGGGAAAGAGAAAUGCAGAUGGUCCUCCUGAUUCUUGUAAUAUGUCAAACAAGGAAACACAUGGUUAUGUUUCUGCUAAAGAGAAUGUUUUGAAAAAAUGGGGAAGCAAUUGAAAUUUUCUUACAGGUUUGGACAUCAAUUCGUCGAUCUGCAUGUGGCUUGUGUGGCAAUGAUUAUUGCAUUUGAAUUGCAGUAUCCAGAAACACCUUUUCAUUUCGUGAAAGUUAAUGAAUGAGAUGGAAGUUGAAAGGUUAUUAAGAAUCUAUGCGUCUCUUCUCUUACCGAAUUCACUGUAUUUCUUAUAUUUAUACUCUUCAGUCACAGAAUUUUGGAAAUGAGUUUAACUUUCAUCAGCAUUUUGAGCAGCUAAUGAAACAGAAAUAUGUUGUCUGUU